CGAAAAAGAAAAAAAAAAAAAAAUCUUUUAUAAGCUGUGUUAGUCUCCCCCGCGUAAUUCCCUUAAUCUUCCGAAUCUUCUUUUCCGCCUCCUUUCUCUCUCUGGAAUCCCCCCUCCCCCCCAUUCCCACCUCUCUCUCUUUCAAUUUCCCCUGCUUUUAUUACAAACAAUAGCAAAAGCUAUUACUCAAUUCUCUCAUUCCACAAUAAAUGUCAGUAUCUUGCGGUGUUGAGUGCGUAGUUUUACUCGGCUGUUCACACUGGGCAUGGAAACGUUGUACCUACGUUGGUUCAGACGACAGUAAAACCUGGCCAUUAGCUACACCUGACGAGUUCGAACCCGUCCCAAGAGUCUGCCGUUUAAUCCUAGCUAUCUACGAAACUGAUCUCAGAAACCCCCAGUUCCAUCUCGAUGGCGGAUAUCGACUCAACCCAGACUGGAUCUUGAAACGCGUCGACUAUGAACAGACCCUCGGUCAAGCUCCUCCUUACCUUAUCUACGCCGACCAUGACAGGAAAGAAAUCGUGUUAGCAAUCAGGGGGCUCAACCUGGCUAAAGAAAGUGAUUACAAAUUGCUUUUGAAUAAUCGGUUAGGAAUGCAAAUGUUUGAUGGGGGAUAUGUUCAUUACGGGCUGUUGAAAUCGGCGGUUUGGUUGUUGAAUGAGGAGAGUGAGACGUUGAAGAGGGUUUGGGAAGAGACUGGGAGGGAAUAUCAGAUGAUUUUUGCUGGACAUUCGUUGGGGUCGGGCGUGGCGGCGUUGCUGACGGUUGUGGUAGUUAAUCAUAGGGAUAGGUUGGGUGGGAUUCCCCGGCGUAAAAUUAGUUGCUACGCUGUGGCGCCGGCGAGGUGUAUGUCACUUAACUUGGCAGUUAAGUAUGCUGAUGUGAUUCACUCUAUUGUAUUGCAGGAUGAUUUCUUGCCUAGGACACCCACCCCGUUGGAGGAUAUUUUCAAGUCAAUAUUCUGCUUGCCCUGCUUGUUAUUUCUUGUUUGCUUGAGGGAUACCUUCAUACCAGAAGGCAGAAAACUUGCAGAUCCAAGAAGACUUUAUGCACCUGGACGAAUGUAUCAUAUUGUAGAGAGAAAAUUUUGCAGAUGCGGGAGGUUUCCCCCGGAAGUCAGAACAGCUAUUCCUGUGGAUGGGAGGUUUGAACAUAUUGUCUUAUCUUGUAAUGCGACAUCUGAUCAUGGAAUACUUUGGAUAGAAAGGGAAGCAGAGAAGGCUUUGAAGAUUACGAGGGAGAACAAAUCAGAGACAAUGUCUGUUCCCCCCAAAAUACAGAAAAUUGAGAGGUUGCAGACCAUUGAGAAAGAACACAAAGAUGCAUUGGAAAGAGCCGUCAGUUUGAAUAUACCUCAUGCUGUAUCCAUGGUGGAUGAAUCGACAGAGAACAAGGAAACGGAAACAGAACCUGCCCAAGCUGACAAAGGAGACAGCCCGAAGGCUAAAACUGAGCCAAGUUCUAGGACUAACUGGGAUGAGGUGGUUGAAAAACUUUUCAAAAGGAAUGAGUCAGGCAACCUGAUUCUAAAGAAGGAAUUGAAUACCCCCCAAAUCCAAUAGUCAAAUCUUUUCUCUUUCCCCCCUAAAUUCAUUUUUCUCAUUUUCUUCUGCCAUUACCUGUGAAUGUACAAUUUGAGGUUAAUCUUUUAAGUCCUUUUUUUUUCUCCCAUUACCAUUCUUUCUUGUUCGGUAUAGUUUGUACAUUAUCUCAUGCAAAAUGAUUUUUAACAGUUACAUGUAGAACACUAGCUUGUAUAAUAAGAUUACACAUCAAGUUUUUUGAUUAAUCUUGCUUAGUAUAACUUUAUGUUUAUCAUAUAAUGUAUGGUAAAAGCAAUCCAUAACUUCAUAUUCUACUAUACAAAGGAGAAGGUACUCAAGGUUUAAGUUUUGUUCUUUUAGGUACAAGAGAGAGCAGUAACCUUAUCAGUUGAGCUAAGAUCCAGUCUCUUGAGCUUGACGUUGAUCAAAUUUCAACUUGAGUAACUCACCUGAUAUAAUGACGCUCAUGCUUGCAGAAUAUGGUAAAUGGCAUUUCAUCCUUACCAUUUGAAAGUUUCCUCUCAUUGUUUAUGGAAAAUCCUUUGAUUUGAGAUUCAAACAUUUCAUGCAGCACUUUUUUUUUUUUUUAAACAAAAAGGAGGUCGCAUACCUGAGAUAGAAGAAGUUGUAUUACGGGUGUAAAUGAUACAUUUUUAUUUAUAAGUUAUAUGGGCUUGAAUUAAA